AUGGCCUUUCCCUAUUACCCUAUUCCCUCAGAGCGGGAUCUGAAACAGUUUUAUAUCGGAAAAGAUAUCGGAGAUGUACCGAAACCGUCCGUCGUGCUUGACGUAGUAAUUAUCAAGGAGCACUGCGAGCGAAUGCUGCAGACCGUCAAGGCCCUAGAUGUUGGCUUUCGGGCACACGUAAAGACUCAUAAGACACCACAGAUCGCCCAGUUGCAAGUCGGCCAUGGUAGUGAAGACGCCAACUUUGUCGCGUCAACUGUGCUAGAGAUCGAAUGGCUUGCUCCGUUGCUCAAGGACCUUAAGCGACAAGGUCGUCGAUUCAACACUCUCUACGGAAUUCCUUUGGUGCCAUCGCAGGCGACUCGAUUGGCAAAGAUUGCCCGCGAACUCGGCCCCGGAAGCAUUACGGUAAUGAUAGACCACCCGGUUCAGGUUGAGUAUCUCAAGGCUUUUCAAGUGGCAGCGGGAUUUCCGGCCUACGUGUUCAUCAAGGUUGACUGCGGCUACCACCGAGCGGGAUUACCUCCAGCCAUGUUGAACAAGAACGGAUUACUGGAGAAGCUAGCGGAAGCGGAAAAAGAGGGCUAUGCUGUUAUUCUCGGGGUGUACUCACACAAUAGUUUAAGUUACGCAGGAAGCACACCAGAUGAGGCGAUGGAAUAUUUAGCAGCGGAAAUCGUCAGCUGCAGAGAGGCUAUCAAACACAACUCCCAUUUCUUGUCGGGUAGAGAGUUGGUGAUCAGCGUCGGCGCUACACCGCAAGUGGUGUCUUCGAACAAUCUCCUGAGAAGCUCGUCUAGCUCAGCGGCAGAGAGGUUGAAAAAUCUGCUGCACAAUCCAUCCGAGUCUAGUAUUCCCGUCAAAGUUGAACUCCACGCCGGUGUUUAUCCAGUUCUCGACAUGCAGCAGUUCAGCACUAAUGCCAGACAAUCCUCCGGCAAACUGGAAGAAGAAGUCGCCAUCUCCGUUCUAGCUGAAGUAUGCAGUAUAUACAACGAUGGAGAGCGAUCUAAACCAGAGGCCCUUGUCGCAGCGGGGUCUUUGGCCUUAGGACGAGAGCCAUGCAAAGCGUACCCAGGAUGGGGAGUUGUGAGUGACUGGAGACGGGGGUCGGGGAAUUCGAGGUUGAUCGUCGAACGGAUCAGCCAGGAGCAUGCGAUUCUCGCAUGGGAAGAUGGCGGAAGCAGUGAGAUACCGUUAAAAAUUGGGCAGUCUGUACGGAUUUAUCCCAACCAUGCGUGCGUGACUGGGGCAAUGUACGGGUGGUAUUUGGUUGUGGAUUCGAGUGAGGAUCAGGGCGCUUCGACGGUUGUAGAUGUGUGGGUACGGAUUGGGGGUUGGUAG